CAUUUCUCCAGUCAUAACGGAGCCAUAUGAGGUGAACUUGCUGUUCGCGCGGACACGUUAGAUAUAUUGUGCUGCUCAGAUUAAGGGGACGUGAGCUAAUAAUGAUAACUGUUGGCUCACUGGCCAGUUAGCUGAUAUACUCUCUCGGCAGCGCGUUCAAGGUCCUGUGAGUCAGCAGUGUCCCCAUCUUGGCCGAUGGUGCUGGCUGAUGAUUUCAUUGUUUGCCAUCAUGUCGGAGUUGUUCCGUUAUUUUUAGCUAGCGUGGCUUGCUAGCUCCGCGAGUAGCGGUGAGCGCAGCGUGAAUAAUCAGUCUGUUGUCUGAAAUAAAGAGGGAUGGAGCAGUGGCAGGACGCGGCCUCUCAGCAGCUCAGGCUGCUUACCAGCCGUCUGAAUGAAUUGCUGACCAAAGGCCUGGAGUGGCUCCGCUCCGAAUUCGGCGUGGACGUGGGACUGAAGCCGGAGCUUAUUCCGCCAUGGAUAAUCCUCCUUGCGGCAUGCAGCGGGCUACUGCUGAUGGUCGCCCUGUGGGCCUCAGUCUGCCGGACUGUCUUCAGAAAGCGAGCCGCUGUAAGUGCUGCGGACGAUGGGGUCGAGGGGAAACGAGGAGCCAGUAAGCCCGUGAAAGCGGAGGAACCGAAGAAAAAGAAGAAGAAAGGAGAGAAGAAAGCUCAGCCGAAUGGGAGAGCCGUUGCUGAAGCCCAGGAAGGAGCCACAGCGUGUGAGGACAGAGUGCCACAUCACCAGCCUCCCCCACCGCAAGUCAAGACCGACAAGGUUGCAGAGACAAAGAAGUCCAAAAAGAAGGCCAAACCAGUUGUGAAGGAGACCAAGGCAGCAACUGGGGAUGGCAAAGAACCAGAAGAAGGCACAUGGGAGACCAAGGUCAGCAACAAGGAGAAACGUGAGCAGCGCAAGAAAGAUAAGAACUCGAGCGACGGCUCCGCCAGUCCUGGAGGAGGAGACACACCUGUGAACGCUCCGCCGGAGCAGCUCAGAGCCUCCGCAACGCCACCUGCACCUCCUGCCAGCCAGAAGAAGAAAAAAGGAGAAUCUGCCAAAGCGAAGGCAGAGAAGGCUGAAGCUGCUGUCUCUCAAGCUAACAGCAGCGUGGUGCCGGAGGCGGCCACUGCCACUGCCGAGAUGGCAGUCAAGGUCGCACCGCAGAGCGCUGCUCCAAAGACGAGCUCCUGGACAACCCAGAGGCAAACGGCCUCACUUUGGAGAGCAGGUUCAGAUGAAUCAUGGGCUGUGCCGGUCCCCUCAGCAGAACUCAAUCUGGUGUCUCUAUCCAGUCUGGGAGUUCCUCAGGCCCAACCUGUGAGCGACCUGACCUGGCUCAGUCAGCCCAGAGUGGACGAUGAGUGGUCUGGACUCAAUGGAGGUUCAGCCGACCCCGGCUCUGACUGGAACGCUCCGUCUGAAGCCUGGGGGAACUACGAGGAGCCCACCGCUGAGCCGGGCGAGCCUCAGGAGCCGCCCCUCCCUGAGCCAGCCAAGGCUGCUCUGAUCGCAGCGGCUGAGGAGGAUGAAGAUGAUAAGGACAAAGGUGAUGCCACUACUGAUGGAGCCACCAAAACUAAAAAGAAGAAAAAGAAGAAGAAGAAGACUUCCGAGGAAGGAGGAACACUUGGCCAGUUGGACGAGCCGGCGAAGGAAGCGGCACCAGCACCUGCCGUUUCGGUGAAGAAGCCGCCACCUGUUCAGGAGAAUGCUGCUACCGUCCAGCCUGUUAAGGCAGCUGCUGUGGAGGCGAGAGGAGAUCGACCCGUGAAGGACCCCAUAUCCCAGAAACCCCCUGUCACACAAGUGCCACAGAAGCCAACCGAUGGAGAGCCCGCUGCCAAGCAGAACAACCUUCCUGCUCUGACACAGCAAAAAAAAAACGAAGAGAGCCAAGUGCCCAAACCUGCGAAGAAGAAGAAGGCGAGGAGAGAGACAUGAGACGCCUCCAUAUGCAAGAGACUUCACAUCCUGCUUAUGCAACACCUUCUCCAACAGGGAUUUGGAACGACGGCCGCCGUUGACGAACUUUACCGGGGGGGAGCGGGGGACGUGUCCGAAAACAACUUUUUUUUCUUUUUUUUCUUUUUAUACACAUCAUGUGCCAGUUUGGUGGAUCCUUGAAAACUGAAAUUUUAAUGCAGUGCAAUCUAAUGUGAUGAGGUGUUGAUAAUUUCUAUGUAUGCAUUUGAUCUUUCUGAUAAUGUCUUCUAAUUUCACUGAAUCAAAUAACUGAAGGAACUGUAAUUUAGUCCUUAGACCUGUAGAAAAAAACACUGAUGAAGUUUAGAAAUCUAUGGUGGUGGCUGAUGAGCGGCGCUCGCUGUGUGGAGAGUAACGGCUCCUCAACACUGGGCCGAAUGGCUCGAACCAGCCCUCUUUUAACCUGCUCUGAUGUCGGUGGUUUCAGUCCAGCGGUUGGAAGCUCCACCAGAUGUAAACUAUCGUGAUGUAAAUGAGCCUCGUCGGGCACAGAAAAGGGACUCGCGCCAGCUCUACGGUUCUCACUUUUUCUUCCUGUGAUUCUGGAAAAAAAAUGUCACCGCCUCUGUCCAUCUCGUUCGUCUCGUCCGUUUUGCUGCCGUGUGUCGACAAAAUGUUCUCUUGCUGUCUUUUUUACGGCUGGCUGCUGUCUUUCAGCCGCAGCAAUGCUGUGGGGGUAGGGAGGGCCUCUGAUGGCGAACAUGUCAUUGUUGUCAGCCUCUUAGUUUUUUUUUUCUUUUGUUUUCCACCUCUGCUUGAUUCAGAAGUCCUCAGAAUCU